GGAGCGCCGUCGCUGCUGCGCCGCCCGAACCGCCCGGCGCUGCGCCGAGAAACGGUAAUCAGGGCGCUCUCGCCGAGGAUGAGAUUCCGCGAGACGUUUCAUCUCCCCUCAUCCAGUUUAAUCAAUAUGGCUGCCCCGACACCCACAACACGAUUUAGUGACAAUUACGAGUUAAAAGAAGAACUAGGAAAAGGUGCGUUUUCAAUUGUGCGGCGAUGCGUGCAGAAGUCGACGGGAUUAGAGUUCGCCGCCAAGAUCAUCAACACCAAGAAGUUGUCUUCGAGGGGUGAGCAGGAUUUCCAGAAGCUCGAACGCGAAGCGCGGAUCUGCCGGAAGCUGAACCACCCAAACAUUGUGCGGCUUCAUGACAGUAUACAAGAGGAGGGCUACCACUAUCUAAUUUUCGACCUUGUCACUGGUGGAGAACUCUUUGAGGACAUCGUCGCUAGAGAAUACUACAGCGAAGCAGAUGCGAGCCACUGCAUUCAACAAAUUCUGGAAAGUGUUAACCACUGUCAUAUGAACAAUGUGGUCCACAGAGAUCUUAAGCCUGAGAACCUGUUGUUGGCCAGUAAAGCCAAAGGUGCUGCUGUCAAAUUGGCAGAUUUCGGACUGGCUAUUGAAGUUCAAGGAGAACAGCAGGCCUGGUAUGGUUUUGCCGGCACACCAGGUUAUCUAUCCCCAGAAGUGUUGAAGAAGGAUCCCUAUGGUAAACCUGUAGACAUUUGGGCUUGUGGAGUCAUACUCUACAUCUUGCUAGUGGGCUACCCACCUUUCUGGGAUGAAGAUCAACAUAGGUUAUAUAUGCAAAUCAAGGCCGGAGCUUAUGACUAUCCGUCCCCAGAGUGGGACACGGUCACUCCGGAGGCCAAGAAUCUCAUCAACAGCAUGCUGACUGUCAACCCAGCCAAGAGGAUAACCGCGGCAGAGGCCUUGAAGCACCCCUGGAUCUGCCAACGGGAGCGUGUUGCCUCCACUCUGCACCGCCAGGAGACCGUGGACUGCUUGAAGAAGUUCAAUGCUCGGCGUAAACUCAAGGGAGCGAUUUUGACAACCAUGCUGGCAACCCGCAACUUUUCAAGUCGGAGUAUCAUGACGAAGAAGGGCGAGGGAUCCCAAGUCAAGGAAUCCACUGACAGCAGUACCACCAUCGAGGACGACGACGUCAAGGACAACGUCCACGCUGCACCUGAACGAAGUAAAACCGUUAUUCAGGUGGACCAAGUUAAGUCGCCAGGAGUCAAUAGCAAGGGGAACCCCAAAAGCACGCAAGAUCUCACACAAGUAGCAAACUUAGCUAGAGCAGUAGCCUCCCCCACAUGCAGUGUGAUGCCCACUAUCACCUUUCUAAGCGCCUCAGAUGGAGACACGUCUGCGGGACACACGCAAACCUUACUUUCUGCCCAAGAUAUGGAAGAUUGGGGAAGUGCCAUAAGGAACAAUAACGGUUCUGCCCAUGAUCCACGCAAGCAAGAGAUUGUCAAGCUCACUGAGCAACUCAUUGAGUCCAUCAAUGGGGGAGACUACGAAACUUACACAAAGCUGUGCGACCCCCACUUGACUGCAUUUGAGCCUGAAGCUCUAGGUAACUUAGUGGAAGGGAUGGAGUUCCACAAGUUUUAUUUCGACAAUGGUGCAGGAAAGAGCUACAAGUCCCAGAACACAACGAUAAUAAACCCUACUGUGCACCUACUAGGGGACGAUGCUGCCUGCAUUGCAUACAUUCGCCUCAUGCAGUACAUUGACAGGGCUGGCAUUGCACGCACGCGGCAGACGGAGGAGACCCGCGUCUGGCACCGGAAGGACACCAAGUGGCAGAACGUGCACUUCCACCGCUCGGGAAACUCGUCGGGCAUGCACCCCGACCCGGCCGCCAAGUAGCGCCGCCCGCCUAGAACCUUGCCUCCACAACGCCACUCAUACACGCCCCCUCCCUCUCUUUCCGUUCCCCUUUCCGACGUGUCAUACUCACUGGAGGUUUCCCCGCUCCUUGUCGGUCUUUCUCCGCUGUUUCUGUUGGGCGUUACUUCUGCCCGCCGGGCUUCUCUUCCGUACAACCUUCCGAAUGCCUUUUUCCAGUUUCUGCACGUCUUUGCCUGCCCGGCACAUUGACCUUGGGCCGAGUUCUGCUAGCCUUGGGUGACGCUAGGAGACGGGAUGAAACUCGCUGCCCAUACGAGCGCGCACUAUUGCGUUGGCUGAGGAUCAGCUAGCUGUGAAAAAAAACUAAGUUGAAUUGCCUUUUUCUUGUGCACUUGUUUGUGAAAGUGUCAGUGUAGCAUUGACCGUGAGGCUGCGUUGUCCAUGGCUCGCAGAAUAGCGGUCCAGGAUUCCUGGAAUUUUGGGGCAUGCGGGUUUGUGCACGCAGAAAAGCGAGAGCAGAACAACUGCACUUUUUUGGGAGGAGGAGAAGGAGAGGGGGGCGGGGGGGAACACAGCCUUGUCCUUGCAGGUUUGGUGAAACUUGCCCUGGUUUACCUCCUGACUUUGUGUUUACAAUCCCCAAGUGCUGUUUGUGCAGUGUAUGUUUAAAGAGCGGCCGCAACUGAGCAGGCCCGAAAACGACUUUGGCUCGUGAACAGAGCUUCGCUAGCUUUUGGCGGAAAGAAAAAGAAAUGAACACUGUAUAGAUCACUACCAUUUCAGCAGGUAUGUUUUCUCUGUUGCACCUGUUGCACCUGUUGCCCCGAUGCCUAAGCACAUGUACUCAGUCAUGAAAUGCUUUACCUUUAAGCAUACUAACUCGAUAGUUUGUUCUUGUGUAUACUACUAUCUUCCUCCGUGGCACACUCUCGAAGGAACGGAGUGCCCUGUUCACGAGUGGACGAGAGUGAUCUUUUUUCUUUGUGUAUCCGUUGCUUUCCUAAAGAAAGUAUUGCCCUUGUUCAUUUUGAUGUAAAUGAGAAUUUCAGGAACCUUAAAAUAUUUUGUAGCAACAAGGAUGGAAACUGCAAUCUUCGUGGGAGCCGGACAUAGUGCUGCGCUUUUGAUUGCACAAUUUGUCAACUGUGCUAGUACAACACUAAAACAGCACCAAACUUUUCACAGCUAACUUAGGCCAGCAAGUAGGUGUGGGUUCGGUAGAUACGAGAAAACACCCUUGAGCCACUGUCGACUGCUGUCCAAAUGACCCGAAGUUGCCGCAAGCGAGGGUGGACAACCACAGCGAAUCGAUACACUAAUCACUGUGGGUUUCUCUAAGGGACUACCAUACUAUGCUGGGGUUGUAACGGUUGCCGUGUAUUCAAACAAACGUGGCAUUACACAUCUGUUUGCACCAUAUGAGCGGUUGCACGUCGUCCUCGCUGUUCUUGCACCUCAUGCUAGUUAAAGACACCACUGUUGACAUGCACGGCCCUCCGGAGCUGUCCUUUCUGAGCCACCCACAGCACCUCGGUGGUCGGUGGCGGAAGCGAGCGUCAAGGGGGGAAAAGAGGAAAGGGAGAAAAACUGAGCUACCUCUCGCCCCGAGCGAGCGCCGGGGUUUUUCUGGUUUGAAUGCUCUCUCUCUUCCUCUUUUUCUCCCCGAGCCGCUCCUACAAGGUUGACACGUGAGCAAUGGCAUGUCACGUGCGUUCCACGUAGUGCUGCCCCAGUAGCUACUCUCCGCCGUGUGUCCGUGUUUUGUACUGUGAUAUUUGUUUUGCUUCUGUUGCUAUUCUCAAAGGAAGAAAAAAAAAAAAAGGAAAAAAAUGCCCCUGGUGCUUUUCGCUUUUGCCGUACUUUCUCCUUCCUGGGCCCCUUGCAUUUCCGACGAUGCCUCCUCCGGAUUACCGAGAGUUUUUGGGAUGAUUUUGAAGCCAGUUUAUGGUGUCUUUCCUCUUGUCGCGAAGGACCGUUCAUUGAAGUUUGCCUCGUAAUAUCGAAAUGUUUCUGUAUUUUACCCGAUACUUGAAAGUUUUGUUUCGUUGCAUUUUUUUUCUAUAUUCCUCUUGUUUUUUUUGCCUAUUUUGUUGAUGUGAAGUUUUACAUCUAUGUUUGUUAUAAUGCACAUACCUCACAUUAGAAAACAAGAGAAUUGUGCAGCUACAAAGAGUUCUAUCAUAUGAAACCUGAUAUUUAUAAAUUAAAGAUAUACACACUCCCA